AUGACGAGUCGGGCAAACCCAAAUCUACCAGUUCCCCUUUCAUUUCCGUCACCUGCUGAAGUCAGAAACAAGUCAAGGGCAUAUGCCAAAGAGAUAUUCAGGAGCUGGUCCACCCUCCGUACCAUUUUGGCGCGGCGCGAAGAGGUGAUUCGAAAACGCUGGAUGAACAAGAGAAAAGAACAACGCAAGAAAAUACUCUUAGCCGCUUGGCCAGGCAUGCCUAAGCGACACCGACCAGAUUUUCAUGAGCUUGAGAAGCCAGCACCGCGUGCUGCAUCAAGAGAUGUCGAAGCUUUCAAGUAUCCUUAUGUCAACCAGGAAGAUCUUCUCCAAGGACGAGCAUUGUUAUUGUUCUUGAAUUCACGUGGUCGAAAUCCACCCCAUACCUUUGCCCACGCCGAUCUCAACGCAAUGCAUGUUGGACAGACCAGCAAGAUAAUUAUCCCGGUGUUCCUCAAUGGAUACACAAUGUACAUCUCUAGCAUAUCAGAUGCAGGUAGCUAUGGCCGCCUUGUUAGCUGGGACGAUCCCGACGACGCAUUCAUGCUCAUACAAUACAGUCUCCAGUUUCGGCCAGGAACGGGGCUUCUCGUUUUGGAAGUCCAGAGCCAGAUCUAUUCUUUCCUUCUCGAGUGCUGUUACCAAUUAUUCCAUGAUGUACCACGAGACGAGCUGGCCAACCUCCAACUUCUUGAGCAACCUGAGCCACCACCGAUCGUUGCUUCAGAGACCUCUUAUGCACAACUGUCUUCGUUGGCAGCAGAAGCGCCGUAUAGACCACCAGCCAAACUAGAUACGCACCGACUUGUUCUUCUGGUCGAGGCCAAGCAGGCUGCUGAUGAAGACCACAUUUGGUUUCUUAGAGAAGAUCCAUGA